GCAAUUGGGCGAGUCUUACCGUGGUGUCCCGUUUGUUUAUCAUUCUACUAAUUGUAUAUUACUAUAUUUCUAACAAAAUACACAUUGUAAACACUAAUUAGUUAUUACAUUUACUUGUAAUUGGCUAAUAGAUAAGUUAUGAAUAGUACUUUCGUAAUUAAGUGUGAUUAAGUUAUAGGAACUGUACUCCAUUAUUGUUAUUUUCAUAUCGUGUUUAAUAGUGUAUAUUUACACUAUAAAUCAUGUCUGUAAGUGAAAAAGUGUCGCUCUCAGAUGCUCUGAGCAAUGUGGAUGUUUUGGAUGAGCUUACUUUGCCAGAUGAGCAGCCAUGCAUCGAAGCUGCGCCAUGCUCGAUACUGUACCAGGCUAAUUUUGACACCAACUUUGAGGACCGGAAUGGAUUCGUCACAGGAAUCGCAAAAUAUAUUGAGGAGGCUACAGUCCAUGCCAAUCUGAAUGAGCUGCUGGAAGAAGGCAACGCUCACGCCGUCAUGCUGUAUACGUGGCGGUGCUGCAGUCGCGCCAUACCACAGCCGCGCUCCAACGAGCAGCCUGACCGCGUGCACAUAUACGAGAGGACAGUACAGGUGCUGGCACCUGAGGUGGACAAGUUACUGCAGUUCAUGUAUUUUCAGCGCAAGGCGAUAGAGCGAUUCUGUGCGGAGGUCCGCCGUCUCUGUCACGCUGAGAAGCGACGCGACUUCGUGUCGGAAGCGUAUCUGCUAACGCUCGGCAAGUUUGUGAAUAUGUUCGCCGUGUUAGACGAACUGAAGAAUAUGAAGAGCUCUGUCAAAAAUGAUUACUCCACAUACAGAAGAGCGGCGCAAUUCCUCAAAGUGAUGUCGGAUAGCCAGAGUCUUCAGGAGUCUCAGAAUCUGUCGAUGUUCCUCGCCACUCAGAACAAGAUCAGGGACACUGUCAAAGAUGCCCUGGAGAAGAUCAAUGGUUACGAAGAACUGUUAGCGGAUGUCGUGAAUAUAUGUGUACACAUGUUCGAAACGAAGAUGUACCUCACGCCCUCCGAGAAGCACAUGCUGGUCAAGGUGAUGGGCUUCGGACUGUUCCUCAUGGACUCAGAGGUGUGCAACAUCAACCGGCUGGACCAGAAGAAGAAGAUACGACUCGACCGGAUCGACAGGAUUUUUAAGAAUCUGGAAGUGGUGCCCCUGUUUGGUGACAUGCAAAUAGCACCGUUUAACUACAUCAAGAGGUCCAAACACUACGAUCCAAGCAAGUGGCCAUUAUCGUCGAGUCCCAACCCGCCGUCCCCGCAAGCUGACCUGAUGGUCCACCUGCCACAGAUAAGGGAGGAGCACCAGAACUACAUAUCGGAGUUAGCCCGAUACAGCAACGAAGUGACGACGACGUUCAAGGAGGCGGGCUCGGACGCGGAGAACCGCGCCGUGUCGGAGCUGUGCCUGCGCGGGCUGCAGCUGCUGUCCUCGUGGUGCUCCGUGCUCACCGAGCUCUGCUCCUGGAAGCUGCUGCACCCCACCGACCACGCCACCAACCAGCGCUGCCCGCCCGACGCCGAGGAGUACGAGCGGGCUACAAGAUAUAAUUACACUUCGGAAGAGAAAUUCGCCAUGAUCGAAGUGAUAGCAAUGAUCAAGGGCCUCCAAGUGCUGAUGGCGCGGAUGGAGACGGUCUUCGCUGAUGCGGCCAGGAGGUCCAUAUAUGCGGAGCUGCAGGAUUUUGUCCAGUUGGUACUCAGGGAGCCACUUAGGAAGGCGAUCAAGAACAAGAAGGAUUUGAUCAGAAGCAUCGUGGCGUCCGUGCGGGAGACGUGCGGCGACUGGGCGCGCGGCUGCGAGCCGCAGCAGGACCCCGCACUGCGCGGCAAGAAGGACCACGACGCCAGCUUCGCGCUCAAGGUGCCCCGCAGGAACGUAGGUCCGUCGUCGACCCAGCUGUACAUGGUCCGCACACAGCUGGAAGCGCUGAUCUCCGACAAGUCUGGAGGCAGGAGGACGUUGCGCAAAGACCUGGACGCUGCCACGCUUCAGCAGAUCGAGACGUUCCACCGCCAGAGCUUCUAUUGGACGUACCUACUCAAUUUGUCAGAUUCUCUACAAAAGUGUUGUGACCUCUCACAGCUGUGGUACAGGGAGUUCUAUUUGGAGAUGACUAUGGGGAGGAAAGUCAAUAAAUGCACGGUCCGCCAUCAACACAACGAGGAGUGCAACGACCUGAUCACCAUGGAGAAGCGCAUUCAGUUCCCCAUAGACAUGUCCAUGCCGUGGAUCCUCACCGACCACAUUCUGCGCAGCAAGGAGCCCGCCAUGAUGGAAUACGUGCUGUACCCACUCGACUUGUACAACGACUCCGCACAGUAUGCGCUGACGGUGUUCCGCAAACAGUUUCUUUACGACGAGGUGGAGGCGGAAGUCAACUUGUGCUUCGACCAGUUCGUCUACAAGUUGUCGGAGCAGGUGUACGCGCACUACAAGCAGUUGGCUUCCAGUAUGUUGCUAGACAAGCGAUAUCGCGCGGAAUGUGCCGCUCGUGGCGCCAGCACCGGCGGUGGUGCGGGAAGAUAUGCGUCUCUACUCAGACAGCGCCACGUGGCGUUACUAGGCCGGCAUGUGGAUCUCUGCGCGCUGGUGGGCCAGCGGAUCAAUGCGGACAUGCACCGCGCCCUGGAAGCGGCCGUAGCCAAGUUCGAAGCCGGAGACAUCACCGGGAUAGUGGAGUUGGAGGGGCUGAUCGCUGUGAACCGUCUGUGCCACAAACUCCUCAGCCGGUACCUGACACUGGACGAGUUCGAGGCGAUACUCCGUGAAUCUGAUCAUGGGGUCCUAGCGCCGUACGGUAGCAUCACACUCCACGUCUUCUGGGAGCUCAACUACGAUUUCCUGCCCAACUACUGCUACAACGCUGCAACGGAUCGGUUCGUGCGCUGCCGUGGCAUCCAGUUCGCGCCGGCCGUGACGCGAGAGAGAGCACCACAGGCAGGACACGCGCUACUGUGGGGCUCCAAGCAGCUCGCACUAGCGUACUCCACGCAGUACGCGCAGUACGCAGGUGAGGCAGGACACGCACUACCGUGGGGCUCCAAGCAGCUCGCACUAGCGUACUCCACGCAGUACGCGCAGUACGCAGGGUUCGUGGGCCCGCAGCACCUGCACGCGCUGGUGCGGCUGCUGGGCUACCAGGGCGUGGCGGUGGUGGUGUCGCAGCUGCUGGGCGUGGCUGGCGGUCUGCUGCACGGCUCGCUGGCUCAGUUCACACGCGCACUGUCCUCCGCCAUGCCGCGACACUGCAAGCUGCCCAGAUACGACUACGGCUCCAACGGUGUUUUGGGCUACUACCACGCGCAGCUGACCGACAUCGUGCAAUAUCCCGACGCGCGGACAGAACUGUUCCACUCGUUCAGAGAGCUCGGCAACAUUAUACUAUUCUGCAUGCUCAUAGAACAGGCGCUCAGUCAGGAGGAAGUGACGGACUUACUGCAUGCGGCGCCGUUCCAGAACAUUCUACCGCGCGCGUAUACAGCGGAGGGUGAGAAACCGGAGACGAAGCAGAAGCGUCUAGAAGCCAAGUAUUCGGCGCUGCAAAUAGUUCAGAACGUGGACAAGUACGGCACCGCCAAGCAGGGCCAGCUGUCCCGGGAGGGCGACCUGCUGACCCGGGAGCGGCUGUGCUGCGGGCUGUCGCUGUUCUCGGUGGUGCUGCGGAGGCUGCGGGGCUUCCUCUCCGGCCCCGAGUGGCCCGCGCCCCCCGCCGCGCCGCACCACGCCCCGCUCCACGCUGACGACACGCUCGAGUUCCACAGGCUGUGGUCCGCCCUACAAUUCUUGUACUGCAUACCAGUUGGCGAAACUCAGUUUACUGUUGAGGAGCUGUUCGGCGAGGGUCUCCACUGGGCUGGCUGCACCAUCAUCGCCCUGCUGGGCCAGCAGCGCAGGUUCGAAGCCCUGGACUACUGUUAUCACAUACUUCGGGUGCAGCGCGUCGACGGCAAGGAUGAGAACGUUAAAGGCAUUCCCCUGAAGAGGAUGGUGGACCGCAUCAGACGGUUCCAGGUCCUCAACUCGCAGAUCUUCGGCAUCCUGGCGCGUCACCUUACCACCGAGGACGAGCGGACCGCCGUCGAACAUGUGCGCUGCUUCCCGCCGCCGAGUGCGCCACAUUGAACCUUAACUAUAUAUAUAUAUGUAUAAGGUCAAUAAUAUAUUUCACAUCUCAGAUCAAAUGGAAACAAAAUAUUCUAGCUCCUAACUCCAUAUAUUAAGGUCUAUAUUUAAUUCACAUAUAAAAUCAAAUAUUGUGA